UCAUCAUCAUUAAUCACAUUCUUAAUAUUCACAUGAUAAUCAUUAAUCACAUUCUUAAUCUAUAAAAUUAUUCAAAUUAAUACAAGAUUUAGAAGUUUGUUUGAAGGAAGAUAAAAUGAGCGUGAUUUCGCGCAAUAUUUGGCCUGUUUGCGGGAGUUUAUGUUGUUUUUGUCCUGCAUUGCGAGAAAGAUCAAGGCAUCCUAUUAAACGUUACAAACAUUUACUCGCGGAUAUCUUCCCUAAAACGCAGGAAGAAGAACCUAAUGAUCGUAAGAUUAGCAAAUUAUGCGAGUAUGCAGCAAGAAAUCCUCUUCGUGUUCCUAAGAUAACAAGCUAUCUUGAGCAAAGGUGUUAUAAGGAGUUGAGAAGUGAGAAUUAUCAUGCAGUGAAAGUUGUCAUUUGUAUUUAUAGGAAGUUGUUGGUUUCUUGUAGAGACCAAAUGCCUUUGUUUGCAAGUAGCUUACUUAGCAUCAUCCAAAUUCUUCUUGAUCAAUCACGGCAAGAUGAUGUGCAGAUUUUAGGAUGCCAAGCCUUGUUUGACUUUGUGAACAAUCAGAGGGAUGGUACUUAUAUGUUUAAUUUAGAUGGGUUCAUUUUAAAACUCUGUAAUCUAGCUCAACAAUUGGGAGAUGAUGUUAAAGUACAGCAUUUGCGAGCUUCUGGACUUCAAGUCCUGUCAGCAAUGGUUUGGUUCAUGGGUGAAUUCACUCAUAUUUCAGUUGAAUUCGACAAUGUUGUGUCGGUUGUUUUGGAAAACUAUGGGGAAAUCAAGCAAGAUUGUCAAUAUGGGAAUAAUUCAAGGCUUUAUUCAUGGAAAAUGGUAGUGAGUGCCAAAGGAGAACUCAACGUGGCUACGGAAGAUGCCACGAACCCUGGAUUUUGGUCACGAGUUUGCAUACAAAAUAUGGCUAAGUUGGCCAAGGAAGGUACAACUGUACGACGUGUUCUGGAAUCUUUGUUCCGCUAUUUUGAUAAUGCCAAUCUCUGGUCUCCAGAUCACGGGCUUGCGCUAUCUGUCUUGCUCGACAUGCAGUCUAUAAUUGAAAAUGCUGGACAGAAUACACACUUGUUACUGUCCAUUUUAGUCAAGCACCUUGAUCACAAGAAUGUCUUAAAGAAUCCUAACAUGCAGCUUGAUAUUGUUGGUGUUAUUACCCAUCUUGCUAAACAAACAAGAGUUCAGCAAUCUGUGGCUAUAAUCGGUGCAUUGAGUGAUAUGAUGAGACACCUGCGGAAAAGCAUACACUGCUCUCUUGAUGAUUCGAGCUUAGGGACUGAAGUAAUACAAUGGAACCAAAAUUACAGAGCGGAAGUAGAUGAAUGCCUUGUACAGUUAACAAUUAAGAUUUCAGAUGCAGGUCCUGUUCUUGAUACCAUGGCCGUGUUGUUGGAAAACAUGUCUAAUAUUACAGUUAUGGCCAGAACCUUGAUUUCUGCAUGUUAUAGAACUUCUCAAAUAGUUGCUUCUAUACCAAACUUGUCAUAUCAGAACAAGGCAUUUCCUGAGGCAUUAUUUCAUCAGUUACUCCUGGCAAUGGUCCAUGCAGACCAUGAAACCAGGGUGGGUGCACACCGCAUAUUUUCUCUUGUUCUUGUUCCAUCGUCAGUUUGUCCUCAACCUUCUUCUUCAAAUCCCCCCUUGACAAAGGCAACUGAUAUUCAUAGAAUGCUCUCAAGAAAUGUCUCUGUGUUUUCUUCUUCAGCAGCACUCUUUGAGAAAUUGGAUAGGAAGCAACUUUCCUCCCAAGAAGGUUGUCAUUCAGAUGUAAAGAUCAAUGAUGUAAAGAUCAAUGCUGUAAAGAGCAAUGAUGUAAAGAGCAAUGAUGGCUCUAUUAUGAAUAGAUUGAAGUCAACUUAUAGUCGGGCUGCUAGUACAAGAAAAUCUGCGGCCUUCAGUGAAUCUUCGAAGGGUAGUAACCCUUCUAUGAUGAAUAGAUUGAAAUCAAGAAUAGGUAGUGUGAGGAAGCCUCAAUCAUCUGUAAUUAUUGAAGAAAAUACUACAACUAGUUCCGAUCCGCAACAGGUAUUGCCGAUUAGGCUGAGUAGUCAUCAGAUUACCCUUCUGCUAUCAUCAAUCUGGGUGCAGUCAGUCUAUCCUCUGAAUACACCUGAAAAUUUUGAAGCAAUUGCUCAUACCUACAGCCUUGUCUUGCUAGUUGCCCGGAGUAAGAAUUCUUCUGAUGACGCUCUAAUUCAAAGUUUUCAGUUGGCAUUGUCCUUGAGGAGCAUUUCUCUCAAUGAAAAGGUUAAAUUGCAACCAUCACGGCGCAGGUCUCUCUUUACACUAGCAACAUCCAUGAUUAUCUUCACAUCCAAGGCCUACAACAUCCUCUCUCUCAUUUCUAUCGCUAAAAUGUCAUUGACAGAUAAAACUGUUGAUCCUUUCCUGCAACUGGUUAACGACAGCAAGUUACAAGCUGUUGCUGAUACAACUAGGAAGCCAAGUAAGGUUUACGGAUCAAACGAGGAUGACGAGGAUGCUUUAAAUGCACUUUCAUCAAUCAAACUAACUGAAAGCCAGUCAAAUGAAUCGUGUGCUACCAUGAUAGUGCAGAGUCUAGAAAAACCUGCAGAUGAGUCAUCCAUGUUAAAAGAACAGCUGCUUAAUAAAUUUACACCAGAUGAUGCUUGUCCAUUGGGAGUCCAGUUGUCACUUGAUACAACAGGAAAUGCUUACCAAUCUGGACUAAAGGACGAUAAACAUUCUGAUAUGGUUGAUAUUCCAUUAUUUACUAUUGAUGAUGACAUUCCAGCUUCUGGUUUGGGAAGCCAAGCUAAUGCUGGUGCACAACAGUUUUCAGAUAAUCUAGUCCUGCUGAGUGUUGAUGACAUUUUGGGUUCAGUUUUGGAGACAACAAAUCAUGUAGGAAGGAUUUCUGUUUCAACACCUUGUAACAUGCCAUAUAAAGAAAUGGCUCUUCAUUGUGAAAACCUUCUAGCGGGCAAACAACAGAAGAUUUCCACGUUCAUGAGUACCAAUUCGUUAUAUGGAACGUCGUUCAGGAUUCCUGCUCCAGAGUACAACAACAAUAAGAACGAAUCCACAAAUUCCAAUGUUCAACAGAGUUUGCCUUUGAGUGGAAAUCCAUUCUUGGAUUCAAACAUAAGCUCUACAUUGCCCGAGACUGGUCCAAGGCUUUGUGCCACAGAAUAUCAGCACCAAGCUGCCUUCUUUCAACUGCCAGCGUCACGUCCAUAUGAUAAUUUCUUGAAGGCUGCUGGUUGUUGAUUCAUGGUAGAAAAGGAUGGUGAUUCUCAUAUAGUUAAGCGUCGUGAAUAAUGUCCCCUGUGCAUCGAUUUUCUUCCAGCAAGGAAGUGUAUCUUUUAUCAGCUUCCUUGCAAUUUUUGAGAGCUGUAUUUAUAUGGUGUGCAUAGGUUACAUAAUACAGUGGUCAUAUCAAUGUGUACAUCUCAUUCUUUCUAUCUUUUUUGCCUUUCUGAUCUUCAUUGUCCUUCAACUUCUCAUAUUGCAUUUUAGGUGUGAGAAUUUUGUAAAGACAAUAUUUGUAAAGAGAUAUUUAAAUCUACAUAUGAAUAUGUUAUUCAGCA